GAGAGAGAGAGAGAGAGAGAGAGAGAGAGAGAGAGAGAGAAGAUUCCCGAGUUUGACGCAGAGCCUGAGCCAUGACCCCAGGAGAGCUUCUGUCGGGCUCCAUGUUAAUCCUGCUGCUGGUCGCGAGCUCCUCGGAGUUCUCUUUGUCGCCUGAAGAAGCGAACCAUUUCUUAAAGAGACACCGGAGAGCGAACCAGGUUUUUGAGGAAACCAAACAAGGACAUUUGGAGAGGGAAUGUGUGGAGGAGAGGUGCACCAAAGAGGAGGCGAGGGAAGUGUUCGAAAACGACCCCGAAACGGACUAUUUCUACCCCAAGUAUAUGUCAUGUGUGGAGAAAUUCGCAGACAAGAAGAAGGAGGAUCUGGUCACCUGCGUCCACAACAUUCCAGACCAGUGCUCCCCCAAUCCUUGUCAUCACAUCGGGACGGUGCGGUGUGAGGACAAAAAGGGCGAAUUCCAGUGUCACUGCUUCACAGGCUGGACUGGCCUGAGGUGUGAGAAAGAUGUAAAUGAAUGCAGUAAAGAAAAUGGAAACUGCGAGCAUGAGUGCAGUAAUUCAGUGGGAAGUUACCACUGUUCCUGUCAUGAUGGUUACAGGCUGUCUGGCCACCACCGCUGUUUGGAUGUUGAUGAGUGCACAGAUGUCCCUGAUGUGUGCGGAACAUCGCAGUGCAGGAAUAAGGACGGGAGCUACGAGUGCCUUUGUGAUGGUGGCUACUUCUACAAUAACGAGACCAAAUCCUGUGAUGACGUGAAUGAAUGUGAGUCAGCCGUGUGUGAGGAGCAGUGUGUCAACACGCCUGGGAGUUUCCGUUGCUACUGUGACGGCCGACAGGGCAAGAAGCUCGGCCGUGACCUGAGUAGCUGUGAGAGUAUUAAACCUUGUCUGGAGUUGAACAUGAAGAAAAAUGCUCGCUCUCUGUACCUGGGCCGCAUGUUCAGCGGAGUUCCCGUGGUCAAGCUACGCUUCAGACGCCUCGUUCAGACUGGCUUCACAGCUGAGUUUGACCUGAGGACAUAUGAUACUGAAGGUGUUCUCUUCUUCGCUGGUGGCCAUUUAAACAGCUCCUGGAUUGUACUCGCGAUCCAUAACGGGAAACUGGAGCUGCAGCUGAAAUACGGAGCUGUGAGCCGAGUGACCAGCAGCGGCCCGUUAGUUAAUGAUGGGCAGUGGCACAAGAUCUCAGUAGAAGAGCAGGGUCGAAGCCUCGUGAUCAAAAUCGACAAGGAGGCAGUAAUGAAGAUCGCGGUGAACGGAGAUCUUUUCACUCUGAAAAAAGGCAUUCAUGAGCUCAACUUAACUGUAGGAGGAGUUCCCUUUAAAGAAGAUGGACUGCUUAAUAAGGUGAAUCCACGUCUAGACGGUUGUAUGAAAGAGUGGCACUGGUUGACUGACGAAGACACGUCCAUCCAGGAGACUAUUCGCCAUAACGAGCGCAUGCAGUGCUUCUCCACCGAGGAUCGCGGCUCCUUUUUCCCAGGCCACGGGUUUGCGUACUUCAAUCACAGUCACGGUGAUAAGCAGGUGCUCAAUGUGCAACUCACCGUACGUCCUGCCUCUACAACCGGAGUUCUGUUCGCACUCGUUCGGCAGGAUACCGUGCCUCUCUCCAUCUCCUUUUCUGACUACCAUUCGGGAACCAAGCAAUGGGCAGAGUAUAUAUUAGUGUCCUUCGGCAACGUUAUUGUGGCCAGUGCUCCAGUGAACCUGUGUGACUGGCAGACACACACAGUGACCGUGACUGUGGCAGGAAACAGCACCACCCUGGAGGUGGAUGGGAAGCUGGGCCUCAGUGAAUCUGUGGAGGAUUUGGAGCCUCUGGAUCUUUCAUUUUCAUACAGCACAUUUAUUGGAGGCAUUCCAGAUGUUUCUCUGGUGUCUACGCCGGUCUCUGGUUUCUACACGGGCUGCAUAGACGUUUCAGUCAACGGCCGCCUGUUAGACAUGGACGAAGCCCAACACAAGCACAACGACGUCCGCUCUCACGCCUGCCCUCUAGUGGGCCCUCACCAAUGAAAAAACACAAGGUUACCUGGACCAAUCAAAGAAAACGCCAGGGCAACCUAGCUCGGCCCUAGCUUACGCUUAGCCCUGCAACCAAAUGCCUUUAAAAAAAGAGAAAGUUUGAGUAAAAUUGAAUUUGAGUUCAAGAGUAAACUUAAUUUGUCUCUUUAGGACUGGCUGAUAAAAGCCUCAUGGAGCCACAUCAUCUACAAUCCCCAAAAAAACAAACACUCCUACUGGUAAAACCCAAAACCUGCAUUUCAAACCUGAGUUUUAUUCCGACAGAUUCAUUACAUACUCAUGCCUCUGAUAGUAAAUAACGUAUACACAAUCACAGACACUGUAACUUGUAUAAUUUAUAUUAUACUCAUAGAUAAAUGGAACGUGUACACCUACAUUAGACAUCUGAAAACGCACUGCGCCACAACACAAGCUACUGAGAGAGAAGAGAGAGAGAGAGCGAGAAAAAGAGAGCGAGAGCUGUAACAUAGUGUAUAUGUAAAUAUGUGACUGUACAAUGCUUUUUAAACAGACAGACAUUCUGCUACCUUCAUUUCUAGAAUAAAAGGCCUUCAUAUUGCCAGGCUGAGUAGGUGCUCAAAGUCAUUGUUUUAUAAUUUUGUUUGUUUGUUUGUUUGUUUUUUAUCAAUUUUACUGUAUUUCUUUUCGUUUUUGUAAUUCACUUUUUGUUAGGCCUUGGUGCAUUUUGUACUGGGGAACUCUCCAGUCUCUGCUGUGUAACUGGAGGCUGAGUGCUGUUUAGAAAAAUAAAUAAAGGUGGUUGUAAUAAGAA